AUGGAACCCCGUCGCCUCCUCUUCAUCGCCUCCAUCGGCAACAAAGCCCCCUACAGACAAACCCGCCAUAGCGCCGGCCACCUCCUCCUAGACGCAGUAGCACCCCUCCUCCCAACAACCCUCCCCAACACAGGCGCUUUCCACGAAACAUGGUACAGCCCAACCUACAUGAACAUAACCGGGCCGAAACUCGUGCGCCAACUUGAGAAAUGGGCUGUUUCCCAAAACGAGAUGCUCCGAGGGAAUGGAAUCUCUCCAACUUCUACCUCUACAACCAGCGCAAACACAUCCACCUUCCCCACAACUCUUGUUAUUCUCCACGACGAACUCGAAUCACCACUCGGUAAAGUCCGCAUUAAACGCGGUGGACCUGAGUCUGCCAGUUUGCGCGGGCAUCGUGGGUUGAUUAGUAUCUGCGAGACGUUGCGCGGGAAAGGAUUGUACCCUACGCGGCGAGGUGCGAAGCUUGAUUUGUCGAUUUUGAGGAUUGGGGUUGGGAUUGGGAGGCCCGAUAGUCGGGAGAAGGGUGCUGUGUCGGAUUAUGUGCUUUCGAAUGUGACUCCGACGGAGUUGGCGGCUUAUCAUCGGGCUGCGGAGCCUGUUGUGAAGGUUUUGGCUGAGGAGCUUUAUCGAGUUGAGUCUUGA